CCAUACUUUCCAGGUUCAUGACUGAUCAGAUGGGAAGAUGAAAAAUGGAAAGCUGCUCACAAUCAGACCGUCCAUUUUUUCAUCACUCCACAAUCACAGCACCUUGGCCCUUCCAAUCCAUUCUUUCCCGCCAGAAAGUCAUGUCCAUACUCACCCAACGGCAGCCUCCCUGGCUCCUGCUCUCCAACACUUCAUUAACUCAGAUACCCCUUUUCAUGGCCAAAAGAUUCAUACCCAUAUUAUUAAAUCUGGGUAUACACCCAAUACUAAUAUUUCCAUCAAACUCCUUAUUCUGUACUUGAAAUGUGUUUGCCUGAGAUAUGCUCGCCAAGUGUUCGAUGAAUUGCCUCAGCGAACUCUGUCUGCAUAUAAUUAUAUGAUUAAUGGGUACUUGAAACAUGGCCAAAUUGAGGAGUCACUUGAUUUGGUUCGUAGAAUGGUGAUUUCUGGUGAAGCGCCUGAUGCAUUUACGUUUUCAAUGGUUUUGAAGGCGUCUACUUGUACUAGUAAGAUGCUGUUGCCGCAUAGUCUAGGAAGGGCAGUACAUGCCCAGAUGCUGAAAUUGGACAUUGAGCCUGAUGAAGUGCUUUAUACGGUACUUGUUGACUCCUACGUGAAGAGUGGAAAGGUUGGUUAUGCCAGGACUGUGUUUGAUAUGAUGUUAGAAAAGAAUGUGAUAUGUUCAACAUCAAUGAUAUCUGGAUACAUGAAUCAAGGCUCUAUUGAGGAGGCUGAGAUUAUAUUCCAGAGAACCACUGAAAAAGAUGUGGUGGUUUUCAAUGCAAUGAUUGAAGGUUACAGCAAAUCAGUUCUAACAGCUAGGAAAGCGCUUGAGACUUAUGUUGACAUGCAGCGAUUAAAUUUCAGGCCCAAUAUCUCAACUUUUGCAAGCAUUAUAGGAGCUUGCUCUGUGUUAACAGCUGCUGAAAUUGGUCAGCAAAUUCAAUGUCAAGUAAUGAAGACUGAGCUCUUCACAGACAUAAAAAUGGGGAGUGCUCUGGUUGACAUGUAUGCAAAAUGUGGAAGAAUUGAGGAUGCAAGGAGAAUUUUUGACAACAUGUCAGAAAAGAAUGUAUUUACGUGGACCUCCAUGAUUGAUGGAUAUGGGAAGAAUGGAGAUCCAAAUGAAGCUCUUGAGCUCUUUUAUACGAUGCAGCAGUGUCGUGUUCAGCCAAAUGAUGUUACAUUCCUUGGUGCUCUCUCAGCCUGUGGACAUGCUGGCCUGCUUGAUAGAGGCUGUGAGAUCUUUGAGAGCAUGGAGAAAGAUUACUCUGUGAAACCAAAUAUGGAGCAUUAUGCUUGUAUGGUUGAUCUCCUGGGACGUGCAGGAAGUUUACAUCAAGCUUGGGAAUUUGUAAUGGGUAUGCCAAAGAAGCCCAAUUCCGAUGUUUGGGCAGCCUUACUUAGUUCAUGCAGGCUUCAUGGUGAUGUAGAGAUGGCAGGUGUGGCUGCCAAUGAACUUUUUAAGUUGAAUGCUGAUGGUCGGCCUGGGGCAUAUGUUGCACUUUCUAAUACUUUGGCAGCUGCUGGGAAAUGGGAAUAUGUAAGUGAACUAAGGGAGAUUAUGAAAGUCAGAGGCAUACUGAAAAAUACAGGCCAUAGUUGGAUUGGAACUGAAGAUGGCUUGUGAGGUUUCUUGCUCAUAAAGAGGUGUACUAAUAUUCUAAGUGGAAGAGAUCACUGACUUCCCGUUGCUUUACAAAAUAGCCUCAGCAUUAGCUGUAUCAGAGAUAAUCUUUAUGAAACUAAUUUUUCAUUAAUAUGCUCUUUGUAUGUUGGACCCAUCAUGGGUGGAAGAAGUAAUAUAUUCUAAGAAACAGAGAUCUGCAGAGGACAGAAAUUCUGAUGUUUACUCUUGAAAUUCUCUAAAAGGCACCCAGAGAACUUCAACCACAAACAGGGUUGAUUUGGCUGUUUUCUUUAAGAUUGGUAAUUGUAUCCAUGGCUGAACGCUCCAAGUAGAAAAAUUAAAGAUUGGUGGUGACCAGUGCAGUGGAUGUGGAGUGAGGUUUCACGAUGGACAAGAUUUGAUGUGUGGUGGUGAUGGGUGUGGAAUGAAGGACCAGAUAAUAUAGGAAAUACUGAAAACAAGAGGGAUAUUGACAAGAUGCCCAGUGCCAACAGCAAUUGGUUUGUGACAGAUAUUACUGGGUUAAGAUUUUAAGCUGGACAAGAUUGCAAAUUUUCUUAUCAAUGAGAACAGAGGUAUUUCUUUUCACAUUGUUAGGAUUGGCACAAGUCAUAUACAUAGCUUCCUGUUAGGACUCAGCAGUCAUUUCUGAAAUUCUUUUAAAAUGUAUUUUCCCGUGUAUUCAUUUUUUUUAGCCUUGUAAUGAUAUCUUUCUCUGCUGUCAUUUCAAACUACUGCAAUUUCAUCAAAAGCUAGAAUUGCUGUUAGUAAAUUAUCAACUUGCUGCUAGUCAUUUCUGAGAUUGCAGUGGUGGAUCUUUCUUUUUCCGUUGGUUUUUCUGUUUGUUGAAGAUUGGAUACUUGUUUUGGAUGUUAAAUGCAGAUUAUGGACUAAUUAAAUGUGAGUUCUGUAG